ACUGCGAUGCCCUGAUAUAUUCAUAAACAUAGUUUAUCAUCAAACAAAAGUAAUUUGUUUAUGCCUGUUUAUACAACAGAACCAAAUGAGUAUGAAUAACAGGAAGAGGAGGAAUAAAAGUAAUCCAAUGAGGCCAAGCAGGCAGGGCUCAGAGGACGUUGCAAUGCGGCAUAUUGGCCACCAGUGGUCACUGUUCUGCGUGUUUGCUUUUACACUCUCCCGAUAAGCUCCUUUCUCAUUGUCAUAACACGGUGGAGAGGAAAAUGGCAACUCCAGUGCACGUUUGCAGUCCGCAAUACAGAUCGAUGUUGUAGGCGCGACCAUGAGCUAAACAUGGGAUAUGUUUUAUUCCGCUGUGGUGACAGAGAGCGAAAUGCUGUAGAUCUUUCGAGACAUCUGCAUUGCUUUUGAUCCGAGGACUGACUGUGCAUCGCUGGAUGGGAAUAUACAUUCAAGCUGACCAUUGUUUUAUAGAAUAAUACACGUGCUGUAUUUAUACUCAUUAAAAUACAUAUUUAUGCACCGAUAGCUUUACAUACAUAGGCUUGGCUAAGUUUCUUUUUUCACCUUUUAAAUUAUUUAUUGCAUCCAUAUAUUCGUUGGGAUAUCAUCAGAAAAUGAGUGAACAGAGCAUAUGUCAAGCCCGAGCCUCUGUGAUGAUCUAUGAUGACGCUAGCAAAAAAUGGGUUCCAGUCAAACCGGGCCAGCAGGGCUUCAGCCGCAUCAACAUCUACCACAACACUGUCAGCAACAGCUUCCGUGUGGUGGGAGUCAAACUACAGGACCAGCAGGUCGUUAUAAACUACUCUAUUGUGAAAGGUCUGAAAUAUAACCAGGCCACGCCAACUUUCCACCAAUGGCGUGAUGCGCGGCAAGUUUACGGGCUGAACUUUGCCAGCAAAGAGGAGGCCACCACCUUCUCUACUGCCAUGCUGUUUGCGCUCAAUGUCCUGAGCUCUCAGGAUGCAGGGCCAGGAGCACAUCGUCAGAAUGGAUCGGUGACAGAUGAUGCCGAGGCUCAGAGGAGGCAAAUGAUGGACCAGAUACAGAUGGAAAGGGAACGACGAACAUCUGGCUCUGCAGUCUCCACCCUUCAGUUUAAAGUAUCAGCAUCCGCCUCUCAGUCCGAAAACACUCUGCAUGACCUCAGACAGUAUCGGGCUAACACUCUUCCCCCUUCCUAUGCUCACUUUAACCCCACGCAACCCUCCUCCCACACCUCCUCUUCAUCCCAGGAACGAGAGAGUGGCUACCGUACUGUGGACUCCCCUCGAAAAAAGGCACGGCAGCUUUCCCAGCUUUCCACCUCUCUGGCUUCUGCUUUCUCCCCCGUGCAGCCAGGUAUCACCCCUCCACCUCGCAAUGUCAAGCAAAUCCCUCUUUCCCCUCCGAUGACUCACCAGGACCCCAAACAUGCCACAUGGUCUUCCACCCACAUGUACACUCCAUUACCCACAGCAUCGCCACCUGUUAUAAUGGCGGUGCCAGCCAAACAACCUGCUCUGCCUGUCGCUCUCCCCUUGCCACCCCUAAACAACGGCCCAUCCUGUGGCUCCAAAGUUCCUGUUAACACAUCCCACUUGGAGACUGUAACACACCACCAACAGUCGUCCAGUGGCCCAGUAGAGGAGUACUGCCAGUAUCAAAACCCUCCUUUACUGGCCACCUCUGGAGCUCUGUCGCACCCACACUAUCCCAUACUAGAAUCGUCCCCCCUGCCCCCUCUCAUUGGCCAGCCUUUCCAAGGCCCUGCCCUCCACCAGCAGCAGCAGCUGUACCAGGCCACACCCCCAUUCAACACCACAGUCACCUCUCACACUAGUCUGUGUGAGGGGGCAACACCCAAGAUGUCUCCCUCUCCUGUUUAUCAGAACGCCACAGCGUCCAGCACAGGUCCUCCUGUUCCACCGGGUCAUCCUUCCAUGCUCUCAUCCACCCCUCCUGUUCACCCCCCUACCUCAGCAUCCGUGGCGGGUCCACCAGCCCCUCCGCCCCCUCCUGGGCCUCCCCCACCCGGUCCGCCUCAACCCGGGCCUCCACCACCCUCCAUAGGGCCCCCUCCUGCCCCUCCUCCACUGCCGGCUGGUGGAGGAUCUGCUCCGUCAGGUCUGGCUGCAGCUAUAGCUGGUGCCAAGCUGCGAAAAGUUCAGCGGACAGAGGAAAGCAGUAGCAAGAACAAUGCCAAUCGCUCCAGUGGAGGCAGUGGAGGAGGUGGAGAAGGUCUCAUGCAGGAGAUGAAUGCUCUUUUAGCACGGAGGAGGAAGGCCUCAGAGAAACCAGAAGACGGUCAAAAUGAGGAGUCUAAUGGAUCGCCUUCAUCUUCUCGUGGACAAAAUUCAGAUCCUGUGAAGAAGCCAUGGGAACGAGCCAACUCUGCAGACAAGUCUUCAGCUGUGUCAAGGGCAAAACCAAUCGGAAACACCAGUGAUGCUGAGUCAUUCGACUUUGACAGAAUGAAACAGGAGAUCUUGGAGGAGGUUGUGCGGGAAUUGCAGAAAGUAAAAGAAGAAAUCAUUGAUGCCAUUAGAAGGGAACUGCUGAGGAUUGGCUCCACGUAGUCUUAAGAAAUGUCAACGAUUAUGACAAACAACAACUGAAGGUUCGGGGAAGUACAGGAAAGCGCACAUGAAAGUGUUUUCUCACAGCAUAUCUGCAAUGCUAUGGAGAAUUCAGUUGCAGAAAUGUUGUGCAGAUACAAAAAGGACAAGGGAAAGCUGAGGAACAGAAGGAAUUGGAGCGAGUGAUUGUGUGUAGGGAUGAGUGAAUGAACGAGCGAAUAGAAAUAUAGACCUUCACACUGAAUUUUCUAUUUCCUCCGGUAUGAACGUAGAGACGGUCCACUGUGCAGCUUGCUGCUCUCGCUCUUUCAAGUCUUAAAGUCAACUCAUUGGAAAUUGAUGAAGAUAGUUUUGUUUUCUAAGUUUUUAUCGUUUCAUUGGUCAUUGUUAUUAUUGUUAAGAAUUGUAUUAUUAUAUUAAAUGAGAGAGAUACAAAGUUGGACAACAGUCUUUUAUAUUUUAUAUUAAUGCUCUUAUUCUUUGGUUUUAAGUACAAACUGCACACAUUUGUGCUAAACUGUCAGCUAACUACCACAGUUGAAACAGUUUGAGACACUUUGUUUGUUUUUUGGCCAAUGCAGAACUUCAGUAGAACUUUGUUUUAACUGAUUUUGAGGUAUGAGGUUAAACAUGGAUGCUCUAUCAAUGAGCUCAAGAGAUGGACAUAUAUAUAUAUUUAUAUGUGUGUGUGUGUGUAUAUAUAUAUAUAUAUAUAUGAUCAAAGAGGGCUUUGAAAAUUAAUCUGCAUUGUUAAUCCUUUUGAUCUUUUAUUUUAAAAAAUUCACAGAAAUGUAUCCUUUCAUUGGAUAAUUAGAAUUUUAAAUGGGGGGGGGAAUUUCAUUAUGAAAUAAAAGUUUUUCUAAAAUACUCAUUGGCCACAAUUAACGGCACCCUUUUAGUCAACACUUUUUGAAACCUCUAUUUGUCAGCAGGUCUAAAUCUUCUCCUAUAAUGCCUGAUGAAGUUAGAGAACACCUGACAAGAGAUCAGAGACCAUUCCUUGAUCCAGAAUCACUCCAGACCCUUCAGAUUCCCAGCUUCUCCUCUUCAGUUCACUCCUCUCAUUUUCUAUAGGGUUCAGGUCAGAGGACUGUAAUGGCUAGCAGAAGCUUGGUUUUGUGCUCAGUGACCAAUUUCUGUGUUGUUUUUGAGGUUUGUAUUUGUAUUAUUGUAUGGUUGGAAGAUCCAAAUGUGUCCCAUUAUAAGAUUUCUAACAGAGUCAGUCACUUACUGAUUUUUUAUCUGUUGGUAUUUGAUAGAAUCCAUGAUGCCAUGUGUCUAAACAAGACGUCCAGGACCACCAGCAGAAAUAUAGGCCCACAACAUCAAAAAUACAGCUGUAUAUUUCAUUGUACACAUGGGGUACUUUUUAUCUUUGUGUUCACCAAACCCAUAUUCAGUGUUUGCUGCUAAACAGCUUUUUUUUUUGUAUCUCACAAUAGAAGCCAUUCCCAUCUGAAGUUCCAGUCAUGUCUGAUAACUGAAUAUGCUUGAGUUUUGUUUUUGGAUGAGAUAGGAAAAUAUUUCUCUAAACCCUCCCAAACAACAUGUGGUGAUGUAGGUUCUGUUUGACAAUUAUUUUUAAGGUUUUCUAAACCCAAGACUAUUUUCUGCAGUUCUCCAGCUGUGAUCCUUGGAGAGUCUUUAGCCACUCAAACUCUCCUUCUCACUGUGCAUUAGGAUGAUAUAGACACACGUCCUCUUCCAGGCAGAUUCUUAACAUUUUAUGUUGAUUGGAAAUUCUUAAUUAUUGUCCUGAUAGUGGAAAUGGGAAUUGUCACUGCUCUAGCUCUUUUCUAAAAGCCACUUCACUAAUUUGUGAAGAUGAAUUAUAUUUUGCUGCACAUCAGAAAUAUAUUCUUUGGUUUUUCCCAUUUUUAUGGAUGAUUAAGGGAAUUUGGGCUUUGUUUUUCCUCCUCUUUAUAUUUCUGUGAAACAGGAAGCCAUGGCUCGAUAAUUUCAUGUUUAUAAUCACGCUGGAUUGCUCAAAAUUGUGAAUAUGAAUGGGAAUAUACUU